AUGAAAUAACUCAGUUUAUUAAAUCUAGUCAACAUCCAACCAAAAUAGAAUACAACUACUUAUUAAUCAACCAGGGAAAAUACAAAAAAAAUAAGAAGCUUUGAUAUAAUUGGCAAAAGUCCUUAUAAAAUUAACUUGGCUAGAUAAACUCAAAAACAAUUCAUAAAAGAAUACUAACCAAUUACUAGCAGAGCCAAUUAACGAUAAAAUAUCAAGUCUCCAACUGAAAUUUUAAAAUCCAAUAAGGCAAUUAGUUUUAGCAAUCAUAGUAUUUUGUUCUUAUAUACAAGUUGAAAUUCAUUAAAAUGAAACAUAAGCAAAACAAUUUUAAAAGUCUUAAUAACUUCAGCUAAAAUCGAUUCUUAUUAAAGAAUAAGAUUAAUUACAUUUGUUUGAUUAAGCUAAAAGUAACACAAUUUUAUAUGAUAUUAGAAAUUAAUACUUAGAUUAAUAGUAAUCUUGUACCUUAGAUUUCAAAGUAACAUCUAAGAACCAAUCCAGAAUAAUUGGAAUAAGAUGCAUCACAAAAGAUUUCAUCUACAAUUCAAAAUACUAAUUUAAGUAAAUCUCAAAAACUACUUUUUUUGGAGAAAAACUAAUAAAAGUUUUAAGAUCUUCAAAACAAUAUCACAAAUAAUAUUAAAUAAAGAACUUAAACUAAAACUUAUUCAUUAACAACUCAUUAACCUGGUAUCAAAUAAAUUCCUGAUAAAUUAUAACUUCCCUAAUCUUCCUUUAUUGCUUUAUAAUAUUAUUCAGAUUAACUCAAUGAGAUUGAAAAGAAUGAAAUUAUUGAUUAUGAAACUAUCUAUUAUCUUGCUCCUAAAAAUAUUUCAACAGCUUAGAGAGAUCCACUAGGAAAUGUAUAUAAUAAUGGAUAUGAUAAUUAAAAGUAAAAAGUAAAUUAAUUAAUUUAGUGGAGAUUAUAGAUUUAUAAAACAUGAUUAAAUAGCUUUUAGAUAUGAAUUACUAGAAAAAUUAGGAAAUGGUAGUUUUGGUUACGUUUUUAAAGUUUAUGAUCAUAAACAUCACAAAGAAAUGGCAAUUAAAAUAAUCAAAAACAGAGAAAAAUUUUAUUAAUAAGCUCUUAUUGAAAUAGAUAUAUUAAAAAUAAUAAAUAAGGCAGAUAAUUCUUAUUGCCUCAUAAAAUUAAUGAAUUAUUUUGAAUUUAGAAAUCAUAUAGUAAGAUAUCUAAAUUAAAUUAGUAAGUGCAUGGUAUUUGAAUUGCUUUGUUGUAAUCUCUACGAAUUUAUAGCUUUAAAUAAUUUUGUAGGAUUGGAACCUGAUUUAAUAAGAAGAUUUGCAAUUUAAAUCCUUUAAGCUCUUUUUUAUUUAAAAGCAUGCAACAUAAUCCAUUGUGAUUUAAAGCCAGAGAAUAUCCUCUUAAAAGAACUUACAAAAUCUGGUUUAAGAGUGAUAGAUUUUGGUUCAAGUUGUUUUGCUAAUAAUAAAAUGUAUACUUAUAUUCAAGUAAAUAUAUUAUUAAUUAAAAUAAAGAGCAGAUUUUAUAGAGCUCCAGAAAUAAUCCUUAGAAUAAAUUAUUCAUUCUAAAUAGAUAUGUGGAGUUUUGGAUGUAUAAUUGCUGAACUCUUUCUUGGAGAAUCUUUGUUCUAAUCUAAAACUGAAAAAGAAUUAUUAUAUAUUUAGACUAAAGUUUUAGGAAUGCCUUCAAAGGACAUUAUUGAUUAAAGUCCUAAAAGAUCAAAGUAUUUUGAUGAUAAAUACCAACUCAAUUAUAAAGUAAAAUAGACAGAUUAUAUUUAAAAAUUGAAGCCUCUUUCUCAAUUACUAGAAAAAGCAGAUGCAGAAUUUUAUGAUGUAUAAAUUAAAUUCUAAAAAUUAGUUUAUAAACAAAUGUUUAUAAUGGAAUUAAUAUUAAAGAUUAACACCAGAAUAAGCUUUAGAUCAUCCUUGGGUUAUAAAUAGUCUGUCUUAACCAAUUAAAAAUGAACUUCUCCAAAAAAGAAAAAAUAUCAAUUAAAUAAUUAUCAGUUCCAAAAAUCAUGAAAAGCAAGAAAUUAAUUGA